ACUGGGAGAUGCCAGGCAACGCAGUGCUAAUAAGCUCUCAAAAUCGGAUGAAUACGGCUAGUUGUUGGUCUCAAUUUGAAACAAUCGUUCCUUGCACUUAUCGCUGUUUACUUCAUAUGGCACUUUAGAGACGAUGACCUCUACUGAUUGUUCAAUGAUCGCUUCAACGGUGGUGACUGCUGAUUGCCUAAUCAGGCCAUGAUCGUUACGGUAACGGCCCUCCGACUCGCACAUUCUCGAUGACAACAUCCCGUCCCGUCUGCUCUGGCCUAUCUUCAACUCUUCUACCAUCAAUUCACUAGCUACAUCUACUUACAUUCGUUUAACCGGAGCAUACGAUAAUCAUAUUGUUUUCCAUUUUAUCUCGCUCACUUCACCCUCUCUCCGAUCCGGAGCCUCUGGCCAAAAUGGCCGAUAAGCAGUACUAUGUACCCGGUAGCGAGUACAGCAGGUAUGGCGGCGCCACUGCUCAAAUUCCCAAGCUAGACGAUGAUCUGGGGCACGCAGGACCACCCCCUCCUCCAGGUGCCGAGCGAUUUAUACCUGCGCAACAAACAGCCGCCUCUUAUCCCUGGUACCAUCCUCGCGGCUGGUCAUUGCGCAAAAAGUUGAUUAUAGCAGCUGCGGUUGUGGUCAUCAUCAUCGCAGUCAUUGUUGGUGCGGUCGAGGGCACAAAGAAGAGCAAAUAUCCCAACUACUCUAAGCUCGAUUACAAGUUGGUGGACACGUACUCGGGGACGUCAUUCUUCGAUCGUUUUGAUUACUAUUCUGGAGAGGAUCCCACCGAUGGAUUUGUUCGAUAUGUCAACCGUUCCACAUCGAAUUCCUUGAAUUUGACCUAUGCAACCGACGAAUCUGUUGUGAUGAGGGUGGACACGUCGAACAAGAACGCAACCAACGGACGACAGUCCGUGCGAUUGGAGUCCAAAACGAGCUAUGAUACCGGCCUUUUUAUUUUUGACAUUCUCCAUACCCCUUACGGCUGUGGACUGUGGCCUGCGCUGUGGUUGACUGAUACGUACAAUUGGCCAGUAAAUGGAGAAAUCGACGUGGUGGAGACGAACAAUAUAGCGACGGAAGGAAACGCUGUCACCUUGCAUACAACCAGCGGUUGUAAGAUGAAUGUUAAGCGAAAGGAGACCGGUACCCCGAAUUAUGUAACCUGCGACAACAGCACGCAUGGCAACGCUGGAUGUGGUGUGCAAGGUCCGCCCAACACAUAUGGACAAGAGAUGAAUGAGGAUGGGGGCGGAGUUUACGCUUUGGAACUGCGGGAUGCUGGCAUCCGAGCUUGGUACUUCGCACGCAAUUCCAUUCCAGACGACGUCUCGAACUCGAGUAGCACCCCAGACCCAUCGACUUGGGGAACUGCUUUGGCUGACUUCCCGAACACGCAUUGCGACAUAUCUUCACACUUCAAGAAUCAAAGCAUUAUUGCAAACAUCGAUCUGUGCGGACAACUCGGUGCCAACCGGGAGUUCUAUACCGAACUGUAUCAUUGUCCGGGCACAUGCGAGAGCUUUGUUCGCAGCAACCCUGCCAAUUUCACGCAGGCGUACUGGGAAUUUAAGAGCUUCAAAGUAUAUCAGGCUAGCUAGAUGCUUGGCAAAAGACUUGGCUUGUUCGGUUGACUACGGUUAUAGGUUUGUUUCAUGAUAAUGGCAGGGAUGCGACGAUUCGAUUAGCGACCAUUCAUCGUUGG